AUGAAACUCUCUGCUGGGACCGUCAUCCUAACUGUUGCAAUUUUGUCAGAGUGCUACUUCCGAUCUGCCGCAAUCCCCAUGAUUCCCAAAGCUGAUGAGAUGGAACCAGACCUGCAAGGCUUGAGUGAAAUCUUGGAGGACAACACUCUGAGAUCUGCACCAGAAAGCUCCAGGAUCAUCGUAGUGGUUGACUCCGAUCUGCUGAGGACCCUAAAAUCUCUGAACAGAGGAGUUUCUCAUCUCAGCCUUCCCGAGAGUAUUCUUAGCACAGAGCGCAGAGAUGCCACUUCAGAGCUGAGUCCGAGCAUCGCCAUCAUUAAGAGGGACACCAUGAGAUGUAUGGUGGGACGAGUGUAUCGGCCAUGCUGGGAGGUGUAG